AUGAUAGUAAGAGGAAAAUGCUUGGGUCGACUGGUUUCAAAAGCAGUUUCACUUUUUAGCAGACCCAUUUCUGUUAUUCUGGCCAAAUCUUUUGCCACAACUACAAAUCUACUUCAAAAUUCCAAGGAUGAUUCAACAGAAGCGACUAUUCCAUGGUAUAUGAGAGAAGAGAACAGUUCACCUGUGGAAGUGUUGAAUAAAAUUGAGGUUCCUGAAUUACCUGAAAAUUCACCUCAGAGCUUGCAAGAGUUUGUCACUUUGCUAACAGUUGAGUACGGUUUAACCGAUCUUGAGAUUUUUGAUUUGUCGCAACUACCAGAAGAUCAUCCAAAAAGUUUAGAGGAACAAAAUGAAGAGAAUUAUGUUAUUCUUGCUUCUGGGAAAUCUGAAAAGCAUAUUUACAAAGCAGCUUAUGAAUUGAGAUUAUACAUCAAACAUACUUACAAACAUUUGCCAAUUAUCGAAGGAAUGUCUUCAAACUCAAUUAGCAAAGUAACGAGAAGAAGAUUGGCCAAAAGAGUGAGAAGAGGCCCACCAGCAACUGCAAGUACAUUUGGGAUUGGUGCUAAUUCCUGGGUAAGCUGUGGCACUGGUGUUGAUGGGAUAGUAAUCCAUUUGUUAAGUCGUGAGAGAAGGGAAUCAUUGAAUUUGGAACAACUUUAUUCCGAUGAACAAGAAAAUGAGGAAUCUCAUUCGACACCAGAGAUUGACCAAGAUCGACUUUUUUUCGGCGAUAGAAGAGGAUUUCAUACUUCUAGCCGCAAUUUCAAUUUGAAUACUUUAAGCAAUAUUUAUGAUAGCUAUGUGAUUGAUGGAAAUUUCGAUACUUCACAAAAGUUUAAAGCACAGUUUGAUCUAAACUUUAAAGGAGGCUCAGUUGAAGAAUAUAACAAGAAAUUUGAAUUGUACAGAGCAAUCAACCUAGUAAAUGCCAAUGUGGUUGAGGCAAAUGAAAUAGAACAAAUAAUUUGGGAUAAAUAUUCUUCUUUGGACUUAGCCUUACAACAGGAAAUUGACUGGAAUACCGAAAUAAUCAAAGAUACAAUUAAGUAUAUGGAAUUUUUGGUAGAUUUGAAUGCCAGACAUUCACCAAGAGAAAAACUAGAUAAAUUGUCUGGUUUUAUCUCCAAUAUAACGUGUUUUGCUGGGGAUAGUAUUGAUUUGUUUACCAUUGAUAAGUUUGGGGCUCUUUUGUGGAGGCUAACUUGGGUAUCUGAAAAUAACAAUGCAUUGGAUUCAGCCAACCUCAAUGAAAUAAUUAAAAGGAAAGGUGAUUUUGAGCCUGGCACAAACACAAUACUGUUUGAUAAUGAACUAGGAAGAAAUAUCCGAGAAUUAUUGAGACAAAAUAAAUAUUCGAGCAACAAGGAAACCUUCCCUCUUUGGUUAAGAGAACAAAUGAUGUAUACAUUUGGUCAAGCUGGACUCUGGGAUAGGUUUUGGAGAGAUUGGCAAUCUAUUCUACAGUCGUUAAACAAAACUAAUGAACGGAUUUACUUUUGGGUUGUCACAGCUUUAUUUCUUUCCAAAGUUGACAACAGAGACGCCUUAAGACACUUGUUCACAAAGUAUUGGAGCAACCCUUCUGGUGCAUCCUUUGUUGCUGACUAUACUACCAAUAACCAUCAAUUCAAUUCAGAUAAUGAAAGAAUGGCCCUCAAAAGUGUUUUGGUGCAGAUUGGUGAAAAGUAUAAUACUUCUCCAUGGGCACGUGAAGCAGCCCAGUUUGCUGAUAACUUGUAA